AUGAUGGAUCGAGAAUCUUCCACGGAUGAAGAAGACGAUCGCGAAAACCUAAUCUCCCAAAACGAUUCCGUUAAAUCCCCUCAGCGUUCUACUUUCGAAAUUGGGGAAUUCAGGACACGAUUAUCCAAUUCGGCCCGACGAUUCGACAAGAGGUCGGUGAAUUUUAGUUCUGUUAAUAAUAAUGCUAAACAUGGAGUACCGGCAUUGUCAUUGUUGGAGGAUUUGAAAUCCGGGUUUUUUAGCCAGAUUUCGUUGAACAAGAAAAUUCAGGAAGUUUUGUUGUCAGCCCAUGAAAAUGGGGAUUUCUUGGGUUUGAAAGAGAAUUAUACGGAUCCAAGUGUUGCGGGUUGGACUAGGUGUAGUAAGGUGGAUCCGAGGUUGUCUGAGAGGAGGACUAUUGAAUGGAACCCGAAUUUGAAUAAGUACUUGUUAGCUAUUUGUGUUUCAGGGCAAAUGUCGAACCAUUUGAUUUGUUUGGAGAAGCAUAUGUUCUUUGCAGCUUUGCUCAAUCGUGUUUUGGUGAUCCCAAGUGCAAAAGUUGAUUACGAGUUCAAACGGGUGUUGGAUAUUGAGCAUAUUAAUAAGUGUCUAGGGAGGAAAGUAGUGGUGACAUUUGAGGAGUUUGUGGAGAGGAAGAAGAAACAUUUGCAUAUCGAUAAGUUCUUGUGUUAUUUCUCGCUGCCACUGCCUUGUUAUGUGGACGAUGAGCGCUUGAAAAAGUUGAAAGGGCUGGGAUUUUCGUUGAGUAAGAUUGAGACGGUUUGGAAAGAGGAUGUUAAGAAGCCAAAGCAAAGAACGGUUCAGGAUGUUUUGGCAAAAUUUUCUUCAGAUGAUAAUGUUAUUGCCAUUGGAGAUGUAUUCUUUGCUGAUGUUGAGGGACAGUGGGUGAUGCAGCCUGGAGGGCCUAUAGCCCACAGUUGUAAGACUUUAAUUGAGCCGAGUAAGCUUAUUAUGCUCACUGCACAGCGUUUUAUUCAGACAUUCAUGGGAAAAGAUUUUAUUGCUCUUCACUUUCGUCGUCAUGGAUUUCUGAAGUUCUGUAAUGCAAAAAAGCCAAGUUGCUUUUACCCUGUUCCUCAAGCUGCGGAUUGCAUUAGUAGAGUUGUUGAGAGGGCCAAUACACCUGUGAUAUAUCUAUCUACAGAUGCUGCAGAAAGUGAAACUGGUUUACUGCAGUCACUUCUUGUCUUGAAUGGGAAAACUGUGCCACUUAUUAAGAGGCCAGCUCGUAAUUCUGCUGAGAAAUGGGAUGCUUUGUUAUACAGACAUGGACUUGAGGGAGAUUCUCAGGUGGAAGCUAUGCUGGAUAAGACUAUUUGUGCAUUGUCUUCUGUGUUCAUCGGAUCCAGAGGAUCCACUUUCACAGAGGAUAUUUUGCGACUGCGAAAGGACUGGGGAUCGGCAUCAUUAUGCGACGAGUACCUUUGCCAAGGUGAAUUACCAAAUAUUAUUGCGGAAGAUGAGUAA